AUGGACGUUGCUAACAUUAUAGCCAUACCGCCAGUGACCAGGAUAUGGCUUGGCUCAGUUCUUGUGAUUUCCUCGGCCAUCAGCUUGUCAUUGGUGCAUCCAGCCAAACUACAUUACCUUCUAGGAGCCUCUCUGUGGCUACGCAUCUUCACCACGUUUAGCACAUGGGGAGAAAUAGGGUUUCAGUUAUUACUACGAAUGAUGUUUGCGAAGGUCACUUGUGGAAACAUAGAGCAGUCUUAUAUAUUGGAAUUGGGCAUGUUUCCUAGAAGGGUGGUUCGCCUGCUUGACGAACGGAAACGUACGUUGUUGAAACAGAAGUUUGAACAGUAUAAGACAUUUGAUUUUGCCUGGUUUUUGUUCCAGCUUGCUAUGUCUACCAUUGUUGCUGCCCAUCUUCAGCGUUAUGUCACGGGCACGUUUGUUGUGCCGCCAUGGGUUAUGGGGUACGUCCUCGACAAUGUGCUUUUCUACAUUUCGGGGAAACUUACACCUGAAGAAGGGAUUCCCGUGUUUAUCGUGAUGGUGAAGAAGAGAUACGCCUUCUGGGCAUUCUCGUUCAUCAAUUACUUUCUUUCAGACGAGUUUUUGACUAUACCUCAAAUGUAUAGCCAAUGGGGGACACUUCAGACCAUAAGGUUCAUUGCCACAGGCCCGGUUCUCUGGUGUACUAUCUCCAAGUCGCUUAUAGGCCACUUUUGGUGGUUUGUGAGGUACUACUUGUUGGAGGAUUUGUACAAUGAAAGCAAAACGGUCUCUCGCGAGGCGUGGCAAAGCGCUUUUGAUGCUUACGAGACGAGAGAUCCUUUGAAGGAGAAGUUGAAGACAGUGGUAGGUGACGUGUUAAGGUUUAUUGUGCUUCCACCAUGGUACACUGUAAUUGUGCCACGUCUCAUACAAGAAGAGCUCGUACAGGAGGAGCCAGAAGAUGAAGAACCGGUGGCUGAAGAACCAGAACUCAUUGGUGAGGUUCAGUGA